CUUCACCAAGCUUCUGGAGAAAGAGGGAGAUCCUCAAGAUCCCGUUGCAUAUGAUAGUGGUGUUACAUAUAUGUUUAUCCAGCACAACAAUGUGUACCUCAUGAUUGCAUCGAGGCAGAACUGCAAUGCUGCUAGUCUUCUUCUCUUCCUACACCGUGUAGUCGAAGUCUUCAAGCAUUAUUUUGAAGAGUUAGAAGAAGAAUCUCUGAGAGACAAUUUUGUUGUAGUGUAUGAGUUACUUGAUGAAAUCAUGGACUUUGGAUAUCCUCAAUUUACUGAAGCCAAAAUUCUUAGUGAAUUUAUCAAGACCGACGCUUAUCGAAUGGAAGUUACUCAAAGGCCCCCCAUGGCGGUCACAAAUGCUGUAUCUUGGCGUAGUGAAGGAAUAAGUUACAAGAAAAAUGAAGUAUUUUUGGAUGUUGUGGAAAGUGUAAACAUUCUUGUCAAUAGUAAUGGACAAAUAGUGCGGUCAGAUGUUGUUGGUGCCUUAAAGAUGAGGACAUAUUUGAGUGGUAUGCCCGAAUGUAAACUUGGUCUGAAUGAUAGAGUUUUACUGGAGGCUCAAGGGAGAUCUACUAAGGGAAAAGCCAUUGAUUUGGAUGACAUCAAAUUCCAUCAAUGUGUUCGAUUGGCUCGGUUUGAAAAUGAUCGAACAAUAUCCUUCAUACCUCCAGAUGGAUCUUUUGAUCUCAUGACCUACAGACUGAGUACUCAGGUCAAGCCUUUGAUAUGGGUAGAAGCUCAAGUGGAAAAGCACUCUAGGAGCCGCAUAGAAUUUAUGGUGAAAGCGCGGAGCCAAUUUAAAGAGCGCAGCACUGCAACAAAUGUUGAAAUUGAGCUACCUGUACCAAUUGAUGCUACUAAUCCUAAUGUCCGCACCUCCAUGGGGUCAUCUACUUAUGCUCCUGAAAGGGAUGCAUUGAUUUGGAAAAUAAAAUCUUUUCCAGGUGGUAAGGAAUAUAUGCUGAGAGCAGAGUUUCGCCUUCCUAGUAUUACCUCUGAGGAAGCAGCCCCAGAAAGAAAAGCUCCUAUCAGAGUGAAGUUUGAAAUACCAUAUUUUACUGUUUCAGGAAUACAGGUUCGGUACUUAAAGAUCAUUGAAAAGAGUGGCUACCAGGCUCUUCCUUGGGUGAGGUAUAUCACUAUGGCUGGUGAAUACGAGCUAAGACUUGUGUAAAAGUUGUUUUUUGUUUCUUUUGUUUUGUUUUGUUUUAAUUACGCUACCCGCCUACUACUAAAGAAUUCCCAUAGACAAUUUCAAUGGCUGUGUAAUGGUGUUUAAUGAUGUCAUUCACAUUUUUUUAAAUGGCCAGGGUCAUAUUUGCUUGACUAUUUGUUGUAGCUAAGUAGCUUAGCUUUAUUUGAUUAGAAAAUUCAGAAUGAUAUGUAUUGAAUUGGAAGGAAGUUGAAUGAUGUGGUUUCAUAUAUUGUUAUUAUUAUCU